AUGGCCAAGUUCUUUAGAAUUAGUACUCUGAAGUUAGGUUAUAUGAUCAAAUUUGCUGCUCGAAGAGCCAUCCAUACGGUACCAAGGCUGCCGGGAAUCUCCAAGCUGGAAACUGAAGGAAUUCCUAAUAUCUUUAGCGCGGGAGGUUUUAAACAAUGUUGGUUAGAUCAACAGAAAUACUUGUGUGACAAACUAACGUUAGCAACCGCUGGUACAGCUUUAGAGUCAUAUCUUCCUUUCCAUAUUGUGUUGAACACUGCAAAAAAACCGUUUCAAACACAUAUAUUCAACCUAGCAUCUGCAGCACAUAAUAACCAUUUGUUCAUCGAGAAUAUAUUACCAACAGAUGGUGUUGAGACUAAACCAUCUAGAUUGUUUGAGCAGCGUAUUAGGGCUCAGUUUGACCACAGUUGGGAAGAGGUGAAGGAAGAAAUGGUUAGGCGUUCCGAACAAGAGGUUUUGGGCCAAGGCUGGUUGUUUCUGGUAGAAAACGCUAACAAAGAAGUGCAUAUUCUCACUGUUCAGAACAAUGGUACGCCAUACUACUUUCCUAGAAACCAAUCGAUCGACUUCAAUGCUCCUGUUUCAACCGAAGAUCUCGAUCAGUUCAAGGAAAUUGAAGCGUUGGCGAGCAAAGGAGAUGUUGAAGAUUGGACGAUGCCGUUAAUAGCCGUCAAUCUUUGGGAUCAGGCCUACUUGAAAGACUAUGGUGUUGCCGGUAGAUCCAAGUAUGUGAAAAACGUAUUAGAUAACUUGAACUGGAUUGCGAUUAAUAAAAGGCUGUAUUCUGGGAACUGA